AUGGCCGCUCCCCAAGAAAAGCAUAUUCAUGAUAUCAAUGGAUCUUGGUUACUUAACAAACGCCUCUCGGACUCACUUAAACAUGUUCUGCGACUCCAGAAUGUGAAUUGGCUUCUACGGCGCGCGAUAUCUUUUGCAGAUGUAACUAUACAUGCAACGCAAUCAAAAGAUGAAAAUGGGCUGGUUACCAUCAUGAUGGAUCAUGUUGCGGGCGUGGGACUUGCACUUACGACCGAGAUAAGACGAUUAAAUUGGGAUACGCGAGAACAUAAAGAUUGCAUAUGGGGCACCAUACGGUCACGAAGCAGAUACAUUCCCACUGCAAAUGUAGAAGAAGGAGAGAAGUUUUUGAAAUCGGGAUGGUUAGACGAGACGGUUUUGGGUGAUUGCAUACAAGACAAAACUGAAUCCUCGACUGGUUCUUGGACAAGUGUUACAGUAUGGGGGUUUGAACAGAUCAAAGGCGAGCGAAGAUUGUCACGGCACAUUCUUGUUCGAAAGGGUUAUGAGAUUGCAACGGCUAGACUGGUCUAUGACUAUAUAGGCCCUCCUAUACACCACGCGUAG